AUGGAUCUUGUGAAUCAAGACUAUCAUCAGCCACCAUCGCAUCUUUUUGAUUCUGAAAACCAUGAUUAUGAGAUCAAAUCAUUAUGUGACAGAAAGCAAAGACUACUAUCUGAACUACAACACAAUCCUUAUCAUCAACGUGAGAUCCAGUCUCAAAUUAAUGCAAUUGAUCGUGACAUUUUAUAUUAUCAGCAGCAGAAACAGCAUCCCAUAACCCCAAACACCUCCAACCCAAUCACGCCCACCACUAUGGAAAACCUGGGAUUUCCUAACGGUUACGGUAAACAAGGCCCCUUUACUUCACCAGGUGAUUCAGCCUUUGCCAGUGGUGUGACCACCAAGGCUCAUUCAAUAGUCGAAGAUAUUGAUGAUCUGGAGCAACUCACCACAGACGACUUUCCACCACCAAGCACUACCAUAUCUCAUGGCCACGCCCCUCCCCCUGUGCAGCAGCCACACCUACCACCCGGAGUGGGGCAGAGUCAAGAACGGAUUGCUAAUGAUCAGUUGAUACAGUCUACCAGUGGUGAUAGAGUUAGGCUCACUAUGUUUCCCGGCUCUUCAGCCGAGGGAGAGGAGGUACCAAACACUCAAGUGGCCCCAGAGAGACAGAGCAACCUCCAGAGGAUGACCCAGUCAACUCAAAUAAUAAGAGCAGCUGUCCAGAACCUGGUCAACUAUCAGAGCAACACUGAGUUGACAGCAAAGGCCCUUCCAGAGAUCAUUAGUCUAUUGUCCCAUCAGGAUCAGACUGUUAUCACUGAAGCAUCUAAACUGAUUCAUGAUUUGAGCAAAAAGGAGGCAAGUCUGACCGCCAUUAAUGCUAACCCAGCUGCAGUGAAGGGGAUCAUUCAAACACUAGCUAGUGUUAAUAAUGCUGAGGUCCAGAAACCUCUUUCAGGAGCAGUACAUAACAUAUCAAGCAACAGUCAAGGUCUACUGGUAAUAUACAACUGCAGUGGUAUUCCAUUCCUAGUACGACUCCUCACCUCACCAGUUGAUGCUGUCCUGUUUUAUGCUGUCACCACAAUCCACAACAUGCUCCUUCAUUUUGAACCAGCAAAGAUGGACGUUAGACUUGCAGGUGGCCUUGAAAAGAUGGUUGCUCUAUUGGUAAAAGAUAAUGUUAAGUUUCUAGCCAUUACUGUUGAUUGCUUGCAUAUAUUAGCAUAUGGACACCAGGACAGCAAACUUAUUGUAUUGGCCAGUGGAGGCCCAUCAUUAUUAGUUAGAAUCAUGAGGAUCUAUACUUAUGAGAAACUGUUGUGGACAGUCAGUAGACUAUUGAAGGCACUCUCAGUUUGUUCCAGCAACAAACCAGAGAUAGUACAGGCUGGUGGUAUGCAAGUAUUGUCACUCCAUUUGGGACAUCGCUCCAAUAGACUAGUACAGAAUAUUCUCUUUACUUUAAGGAAUCUUUCUGAUGCUGCUACCAAGCAGGAUAAUUUGGACGAACUCUUGCAGCAACUUAUUGGUUUCUUGUCUUCAAAUGAUGUUCAUUAUUUGACAUGUGCUGCUGGUGUUUUAUCAAACCUCACCUGCAACAAUGCUAAAAAUAAAAUUGAGGCACUCAUAGGACUAUUCAGGAACUUAUCUCUUUGUUCAGACAAUCAUACGGUCCUUAGGGAACAGGGCUGCAUCCCUAAACUAUGGCAGCUACUGAACAGAUCAUUCCAAGAAUUACAAAGGAGAUCUGGCCAACCUGGAAUGGCACUUGGAAUUGUGGAUGGUGUUUCGAUGAAUGAGGUUGUUGAGUGCAGUACAGCUGCUCUUCAUUUAUUAGCGAGGGAUCCUUACAACAGAUUAAUAAUGAGACAACUCAACGUGAUACCAAUGUUUGUACAGUUGUUGUACAUGAGGAAUGAAGGAAUACAGAGAGCAGCUGUUGGUGGGUUGAGUGAGUUAGCAUUGGACCCUGAGGGAGCUGAGCAGAUUGAAAGGGAAGGAGCACCUACUCCAUUAGGGGAACUGUUACACUCUCCUAACGAAGGAAUCGCUGCUUAUGCUGCUGCUGUUUUAUUUUGCUUGAGUGAUGAUCGUAACGGGGAGCUACCUCAUCUACCAGCUGAUAUCGGAGGAGGUGUGCCCUACAGACAGGACUACAUGGGUCUUGAUACUAACCCUCCUCAGUCUUACUACUCCACUUCAACUCCUCCUCUCCACCAGCAGCAGCUGAGGGGUCAUUACUCUAAUCCCGGCAGUGUCCCUGGGUCACAGCCUUUCACUCCCAACAUGUCGGAGCCCCCCUCGGGGCUAAUGACCCCUCAUUCAGAAUUUGAGCUACCCCUUGAUUUUGACGAGUAUGCCCACGGGGCUGGUAGUUACCAUCACUCUGGGGUACAUACCCCAGGGUCCCACCCUCACUCGGGGCACCACACCCCCUCUCACCCUCACCAUUCAGGGAUACACACUCCAGGGGGUGGGUCCCACCCUCACUCCGCCCACCACUCUGGUAUACACACUCCAGCUGGUGGUUCUCAUUCAGGUGUCCACACCCCCAAUCAUUACCUACCUUCAUCGUACCCUCAAAACCCCGCCCCUCCCAUUCCGCACCAUCCCAUAGCUCCACAGGCUCCACCCACUCAUCCUUAUCACCAGCCCCCCCAACAGUCAAUGGGUCCUAAUUAUUACCGGGUCCAGACUCAGGGGGGCAAUUAUAAUCCUCCUUCUCCUGCUCUGAUGGACACUGCUAAUACUGGUUGGAUAGAUACUGAUCUUUAA